GCUGAGCAGCAGCCAGUCGUGUUUCUCCCCUUGCCGAGCUCACACUCUCUCUCUCUCUCUCUCUCGGACUCUCUCCACGCUCUCCGGGCUCGGCGGACAGACGAGACCUCUCCUCUCCUGCUCCUCUAAUUCUCUCCCCGUUUGUCUUUAUUUUUUCACUCCCCCCACUACAUCCCCCCCAGACCCCCUACUCUAUCUGUUUCUUUUUCUUCCUUUUCUUUUUUUUUUUUGGUUUGUUUUUCAAUUUUCUCCCUCCGUCCACUCCAUGUGCCACGGGGCGUCGGUGGGGGGUCCCAUUACGUGGGCAUAUAUGUGUGUGUGUGAGUAAGUGUGCGUUUGUGUGUGUUAGGAGGUGUCGGAAUGGAGGCAGUGGCACUCUAUACGUUUCGUGCCACAGAGGGCGAUGAACUCAGCUUCAACAAGGGGGACAUGCUGAAGAUCACCAACAUGGAGGAUGAUCCUAACUGGUACACAGCUGAGCUCCACAACAGGAAAGGAUUUGUGCCAAAAAACUACAUCAACCUGCGGCCACACGCCUGGUUCGCCGGCCGUAUAUCUCGCGGCGUGGCGGAGAGUCGGCUCAGACACAGGGAGUGCGGGGCCUUUCUGGUCAGAGAGAGUGAGAGCGCCCCCGGGGAGUUCUCAAUGUCCGUCAGUUACGGGGACCACGUCCAGCAUUUCAAGGUGCUGCAGGACCGCUGCUCCCAGUACUACGUGUGGGACGAGCUCUUCUCCUCGCUGAACGAGCUGGUGGAGUUCUACCACUGCAACAGCAUCGCCAAGGAGAGGACCGUCUUUCUGAGGGACCCCGAGCAGUUCGCCAGGCGUCCUCAUCACGCCCACGCUCUCUUCGACUUCACCCCACACCACCCCUCCCAGCUACGCUUCCUACGCGGCGACGUCAUCGAGCUCCUCGACUGCUCCGACUCGCUGCGAUGGAAGGGCCGUUGCCAUGGACACGUGGGCUUCUUCUCCCCUGAGUACGUCCAGCCCAUUUACCAAUGCCAAUGAGCUGGCGUGUCACUCAAACCUACAUCCACCUUGACCCCGCCCCCCUCACACUGCAUCCCCUGCUCUGCACAACGUCCGGAGCCUGAUGAGCCGCGCGGGCGAACUGCUCCUCACGUCACUGACUCCUCCCUCUUUCCCCCGUGAUCACAAGCUUUUUGUUUCGAGCAGCCGCAACAGGCUCGCCGACCGCUUCUACCCGACCCCACAGCUCCACCUCUCUUUAAACAUGUAAAGCAUAAACGAAGACAUGGACCUCGACACUGUGGAGAACUCACAUACAGAUUUGCACCCAGUUAAACACACACACACACACACACACACACCUGAGCAUAAUCAUUUAUUACAGCUUACCAGCACAGGUGGAGGCCAAACAAAAAGCAGCACAAUCACACACUGACCUGAGUGUGUGGCCCAUGGGACGCCCCUUUCUUUCCCGCCGUUUCCCACGAGGAGAUCCGGUGGAGCCGAGCAGAGGGAACACAGAGGGUCAUUGUGUUGCGAACAUUUGGGCCAGACACUCUCUGGAUACUGACGCAGCAGAUUCCUCUCUCACCAGGCUGGCGUGUUUGCGAGCGUGUGGAGAGGGUCAGAGCGAGGAUGUGUAAACCUGCAAACUUUAUGUCCAUGUAUUUUGUGUGUGUGCAUCUGUGUGUGUGCGUGCGUGCGAAAGUGAAUGCAUGAGCGUGUGAGUUUGGUGUGUGUGUGUGUGUGUGCAUGUGUGGAAGGAGGUCGCAGCGUCACGGCGACCAGCGAGACGAACGCUGCACGGACGCUCUGUGCUGAAAAUACACAGCUUAAAAUGUAAAAUGCUCAACUUAAACUUAUGGAAUCAUUUGUUUGUUUCUAUGUAUUUAUUCUUAUUCAUGUGUAAUCUUUAAAAAAACAAAACAUAUAUUACAAUUAAGAUUAAACAUUGUACAAAGGAUUUUGUUUCUGUCGCAGAGGGUAAUUUAAGAAAUGCACAUUUUAUGUGAUUAAUAGUGAGAAGUUGGACCGGUCUUCCUUAACCUGUAAUGACAAAUCAUUUAAAUAAAGUCAAACAUUUACCUCUUUGAACUCG